GAGCGGGGGCAGCGCGCCGCAAAUGAGCCACUGACUGUGAGCAUGAACUGCAGUAAUUAGUGACUCACUUUCUAUGCUUAUCUGGGAGAGACGUCAUGUCAAAUGAAUCUUGAUCCUUCAGAGACUAGCAAGCCUGUCCAAACGUCCGUUUCCAAAAGGCAGCCCACAUGGGAGCGGCAGGAGAUUAGAUAGAGGAGUGCAGAAAGAGCCAGCACGGGAAGGCUCCCGGCACCUCUCCAGCUUCAAUGGACUGCCAAGAGAGUGAGUGUUUGGAUGAGCAUGAGAAGAGCACCCUGUGUAGAUCUUGUAUGCCUGGGCAGGAACUUUCCAAGGAUUGUGGAGAUGGUGGAGCAGGGGAUGCGCAGUGCGUUGCUUGCCCUCCUAGGAAGUUUAAGGAUAGCUGGGGACACCAUGGCUGCAAGCCCUGUCUGUCUUGCGCCCUCAUCAACCGUGUCCAGAAAUCCAACUGCACAGCAACUACCAAUGCAGUCUGCGGAGAAUGCCUGCCGGGGUUCUACCGUAAGGCCCGGAUCAGCGGGCAGCUCGAAUGGGAGUGCAUCCCGUGCACCAAGCAGACGCCCUCCUCCGAGCCUCAGUGUCGGACCAGAACAAACCUGGUGAAGGUAGCUGUCCCCACUGUACCACCACAAGACACAGCCCUUCUUGCACUGACCAGCAGUGCCCUGGUCAUCAUUGUACUGGUACUUCUGGCACUCUCCAUCAUCUACUGCAAGCGUUUUUGGAAGAGCCAGUGCCAGCGAGUCUUCCUGAGGACUCAGAAUUUCUCAAGCCAGCGAGCAAUGUUCCCGGCCUCAGCUGCGCCUGGCAGAUUUCUGUGUGAAGAACAGAUGUCUGGUCCCUGCUGCCUGGGUGUAAAGAACCUGAGCCCCUGCUACAGGCAGGCAGAAGGCCCUGUGGAAGCAGUUCAGUUCAUUUCAGACGGAGAAGCCAUUGGUCUUCAACUCCCAGCUCUCCAGCCAGAGUUGGAAUUGCCUCAGGUGACUGCCAUCAGCCCUGCUCCCAAAUCCCAGCUGGUGAGGAGCGUCCUGGAAACUCAGCCCCUGAUCAGAAACUCGGGCUGCGGCGACUGCUUCCUGGGGGUCUUGUCUCCCUCUGACUUCAGGCAGGGCCCAGCCGGGGUGGUGGAGGCCCUGGCCCCUCUCUCAUCGUGUGCCUCAGAAAUGCAACACAAAUGGCCCCAUGCCCCAGUGGAGUGUACAGAGCUCGAUCUGCAGAAGUUCUCCACCCAGAUGGACUUUGUGGGCAAUGAAAGAUCAGAAGAUGCAGCGAGCCAGCUGGCUCAGAGAAUCCCAAAAGAGAACAACAAUGGAGCACUUGAAGCGAAGAAUGGACUUGUUUUGGAUCUGACAAGGGGCCUGUCCUCAGCCUUCCAAAAUCCUACUGCUGAAAGAGGGGAGCAACCGGUGAAUGAUGCCCAGAGCCUUGUAACUCAGAUCAGCAGCACUACAAAGGGUCUCCUAGUGGCAGAGCUGCCCCAUUCCUUGGUGCAGUCACUUGCCUUCUUGCUAGACCCUUCCUUGAAUGGUGUGAAGAAUUUCAGCCACGUGGCACUGGAGCUGGGUGUCACACCCCAACUGUUGGGAAAGAUAUCUGGAUUUGAGCAACUCAUCACUCACUUCACCUACUCAGGAGACACUGUCACCAUUCCUGUCCUGGCUCAAGCUCUGCAGCGACUCCAGCGGUUUGAUGCCUUGCUUCUGCUGUGCGAUCACUUUGCUCUCAGCCAUAUUCACGGCCACCAGUGCUAAGAGGAGACAGGGAAGGCACAGAGGAAACUCUAAGCACUGUCUUUUUUUUGGUAGGGGAGAGGAUCUGGUAUCACCAUGGUCACAUAAUCUCUUCCAUGUGCAUGUGGUGAUUAUGUGGAGAUGAUAUUUGCAUCAUGGAAUAGAAGCAUGUGAGCAGGAACAUCCCUCCUAGGAGAAGAGCAGAGGCGUGCUGGGGAGGUGACAACAUCAUGUAUCCUCACAACCUUCACCUCUGCCCUUGUGGGUAGUUGUGAGGUUUUUCUCAGGCCCCUCCAGAAUCUGUUUUUCUUCAGCUAUAUUUACAUUCUUGUCCAGAAACUGAGUGGCCUCACAGUUGCUGUGCUGUCUGCUCGGUGGAUUGGUGAUGGUGUGUAAUAUUCUUUGCAAACUGUUAGCCUUCUAGGCCUUAUGAUUAUUUCUGUAAGGUUCCUCAGCCACGUUUGGUGCUGAGCUUUGGUGUUUGAGGACGGCCUUUGAGCUGUCCCUACUUUAGUGAUGGAACAAUUCUUCGGGGGCUGUACAGGAGGGUCCUAAGGUAUCUUCCACUUUAAUGGCAUUGAGUGUUGACUUCUCCUCAGUUGUGCAGCUUUCUUACAGGCCCAACAAUCACUUCUUUCCCAUUCCAGCUUUUCAGAUGUUGGACCUUCUUUAUUUGGCCCAUACUGUGUUUUUUUGGUUCCUGUUGCCACUUUUUCAGUUUACUUUUUGUUUGCUUCUUCCUCUGCACAGUUCUUGGAGGAGAACCUGUUUGAUCACUAUGGCAGAAGGGGUUAGCUGUUCAGUUCAUGUGCCACCCCAAAAAGUGGCAUGUUUAUUCCAUUUCCCUUUUGUGAAAUGGUAUAGUUUUCUUAAAGGAGUUUUGGACUGAAGAUCAGGACUUUUAGAUAUCAGUUCUUAAAGUUUAUUGCUGUAUUGCUCUCAGCCAGGGCAGCAAUUUGUUUGCUGUCUUCCCCGGUCUCCUGUGAAACGCGUCUGCUCUGAUUUCUGGUUUUAAGACCUGAUGCUAUGGUGACACUUUGGGGUAGCAGAGGCAGGGCCACGUCCACUAAAUUCUGCAGAUCCCCGUGAGACGGCUGGAGGCUUGUGACUAGAAAGCAAUUAGUGUCAUGCCAGCACCAGGCGCAUACAGAUUUAGCUGAAGACCGAAGCUCCUUAGCACAGCUUCAUUGCAGGGAGUAUAAAGUCACUGUGCCAAUAAUGGCAGGGCAGGCUUGUUUUAAAAUGAUCUUUUUCUGCCUAAAAAUGAUGUAAUUUUCUGGUCUCUGAGAGCGCCUGUUGUGGAGGGGAACACCCUUCUGUAUUUAAAUUGCUCUUGGAGGAUCUGUCAGAGCUUGCAACAGUUUCGCCUGCGUUAGACUCUCCCAUGUUCUUGGAUGUCAUCCCCCAGGGCAGAUUCCACGGCUGGUGGCUACAGGUUCCCGGGCUGUUUUCAUGAAGCUGCCACCAGCUCCUGGGUUUUUGGUGUUGAGCAGGAUUUUCCUGGGCAGUUUGGCGGGCUGGAUUUGAGGGGAUGUGAUCGAGUAUGAGACUAUCAGGGUCAGCCGCGGGGCUGGAGAGGACCUGCCGCUUGGAAGCUAUGCGGGCAGAAGCAAUGUUAAUCCAGGCCUCUCGCUCCGGUAUUUUUGUCAGGGGCGCAUACUUGAGCAGAAAAGGAGGCACACCCCAGCCCCGCAGCCCCCGGGGAGAGGCCGUGCGGAGGCGGGAGGAAUCCGGGGCUGGCCAUCAGCUGCAGGAAGCUGCCCCGGCGAA